AUGGCUCUACGAACUCUUUUAGUCGUUUUUCUCUCAGUGAUAGGAAUAUGGGCGAAAUCAAUCCCUAUUUCAGCUAGGAAUGUUGAUGCCAAAGGCGCAAAACAGGAUGGCAAUCAUCUGGUCUUUGCUCAUUUCAUGAUUGGAAUUACCAGUGACAGAAGUAGUGCUUCGGCCUACGAUGAUGACAUGCAACGAGCAAAGUCCCUUGGAAUCGAUGCAUUCGCAUUGAACAUUGGCGUUGACCCAUACACGGACCAGCAAUUAGAAUUCGCCUAUCAAUCAGCAGCAACCAACAACAUGAAAGUCUUCCUGUCCUUCGAUUUCAACUGGUGGAAUGUCGGACAAGCAUCAGCGAUCGGCCAGAAGAUCGCCCAAUAUGGAAGCAAACCAGCCCAGUUGAUGGUCGACGGCAAGAUAUUCGUAUCCUCAUUCUCCGGAGAUGGCUUAGAUGUAGCAGCGCUACGAGCAGCGGUUGGGAAACCAAUUUUCUUCGCACCGAACUUCCAUCCAGCUACCGGGACUAAUAUUUCUCCCGUUGAUGGGCUGCUCAAUUGGAUGGCUUGGCCAAACAACGGGAACAACAAAGCACCUACGGCUGGGGCCAACGUAUCCGUUGCAGAUGGGGAUAAGGUCUACGUCGAUGCUCUGAAAGGAAAGGCUUAUGUCGCCCCUGUUUCGCCUUGGUUUUCCACUCAUUUUGGACCAGAGGUAUCCUACAGCAAAAAUUGGGUAUUCCCCUCAGAUCUGCUCUGGUAUAAUCGGUGGAAUGAUAUACUUGCCCUCGGUCCUCGCUUCAUCGAGAUUAUCACCUGGAAUGAUUAUGGUGAAUCGCAUUAUAUCGGGCCAUUGAAGUCACCUCAUACCGAUGAUGGCGCUUCCAGAUGGGUCAAUGAUAUGCCCCAUGAUGGAUGGUUAGAAAUCUCCAAGCCAUUCAUCGCAGCCUUCAAAGACGGUGCAUCGGCACCAGAUAAGUACAUUACGGAUGAGAAACUGGUAUACUGGUACAGACCAGCACCACGAGACGUUAACUGCGACGCAACAGACACCUGCAUGGUCCCUGCUAACAAUGGCAGCGGAAACUAUUUCCUUGGUCGGCCGGAUGGAUGGCAAUCCAUGCAGGAUUCUGUUUUCGUAGUCACAUUGCUCAAGUCACCAGCUUCUGUCGAGGUGAACUCCGGGGGCACCGUUUACAAAUAUGACGCACCGGCUGGGGCAUCUGCACAUGCCGUUCCUAUGAAAGUUGGUGUACAGGCUUUUUCAAUGAGUCGCAGCGGGCAAUCUGUUCUGUCUGGUACCAGUCUCAAGCCCAUUAUCAACGGAUGUGUUUGUGGUCUGUAUAACUUCAACGCUUAUGUUGGAACUCUCCCACCCGGCUUUGAUGAUCCUCUUCAGCCAGAUGGUCUGGCAGCUUUCACUCAGGGAUUGCAUGUCACAACGUGUCGCCCAACCCCUUCUUUAGGGACUAAUCCACCCGUCGCAAGUACCACAUCCUCGUCGUCCUUACCACCUACGGGACCAACUACAGGACCACCUACGGGACCAACUACGGGCCCACCAACUACCACGCCAAGCACAACAAGCUCAACCACGCCUUCCCAAUCUGGGGUAUCAACUAUAACACUGAGCGUGACAAACACUGUCACCCAAACCGUUACAGCCACUUCUUGCCCAAGUGGUGGCGCUGGAGGUGGUGGAGGAUCAAGCGGAGGUGGAGCUGGAGACAAAGUUUGUACAGGAGGCACAGGACCUGGCAACUACGUUGGACUCUGCAACUUCUGUUGUGGAUACGGGUACUGCCCAUCGGGCCCUUGUACCUGUACUCAAUAUGGAGCACCUGUCCCGGCACCCCCCUCAACGGGGAAGAUAGGGCUCACCUUGCCUGGUGAAGAUGACUCUUACACCGGUCUUUGUAGCUUUGCCUGUGGUCAUGGAUACUGUCCACCCACUGCCUGUACGACUCGUUGA